AUGUCGCCUACGGAAGCAGAAGAGACGCAGGCGUCCCGCUUUCUGCACGAGAAUCUUCGAUUCAGCACCAGUGAUCGACAGCCGCACGUCACACUCACAUUUGCGCAGUCUCAAGAUGGCAAGAUUGCUGGACCGGGCAAAGCGCAGAUGGCGCUUAGCGGUCCCGAAAGCAUGCUCCUGACGCACCAAUUGAGAACGCUCCAUGACGGCAUCAUGGUAGGCAUCGGCACAGUCCUCAACGACAAUCCUCAACUCAAUGCUCGCCUCCUCUCUCCUCCGCCCCCUACAUCGGAGCUCCCGAGACCCAUUGUGCUGGACUCUAGGCUGCGCAUGCCAACCGACUGCAAGCUGAUUCGAAACUAUGGUGCGGGUAUCGGACGAAAGCCGUUGGUGCUGACAUCGGGCACGGUCGACCCUCAAAGGCAGGCUCAACUCGAGGAGGCUGGUGUCGAGGUGAUGAAGCUGCACGACAACUCUUCAGCGGAAUUGCUUGAUUGGACCACAAUUCUCCGAGUCAUUCAUCAGGCGGGUAUCAGGCGACUUAUGGUGGAAGGCGGUGCAGCCGUGAUCGAUAGCCUGAUGAAGCAGCCGCAGCUGAUCGAUGCUCUGCUCGUCACAAUCGCCCCAGUGACAGUGGGCGAAGACGGUUUCGGUUUCACGUCUGAGCUGCCAGCUGUCCUCGAGAAGGAAGACGACUCGAAUUGGACCGCUCCAAGCCAGGCCAAGUUUGGCAAGGACUCUGUCGUCCUGUGGCGCAGCCGACACGUAUGCGAGCCGAGGCAAGACAGUUGA